CAAUUGAGAGAGUUAGAGGACUAAUCUGUAACUACUCCCACAUUCUUUUCUCCCCCAGCUGCACGGCGACCAUUUUACAAAUCUCAGAGCUGCCGCAACACCACCGUUGAUUCAACACCACCGGAUAUCGGAGAUCGGAGAUGGCCUGGAUCGGACAGUUAUCGAAGAAUCUGAAAGAGCUACGAGUCCUCUUUUGUCAGACUUCACCCGCCAGUUCUUCCACAAGAGCGUUUGUUGAGAAGAAUUACAAGGAGUUGAAGAAAGCAAACCCUAAGUUGCCGAUAUUGAUUCGCGAAUGCAGCGGCACCGAGCCUCAACUGUGGGCAAGAUACGACAUGGGUGUCGAGAAGGGUAUUCGUCUGGAAGGGAUGACAGAAACACAGAUCUCUAAAGCAUUAGAGGACCUUGUGAAAGCUGGGGCAUCCCUCAAAUCCUAAAGCAUCUGCACUUAAGCUGUGUUCAUUUUUUUGAAAACAAUAAGUCUAAGAUCAAUGGGAGUCGCUCCUCAGGUGACAUGAACAUUUCAACAGUUGAACAUGAAUUUGUGUUGUAUUGCACCAUUUACACUGGUGCCUGAUCCAGUGAAGUGGGUAGUUUGACUUGACCCGUUUUGUAUCGUACUAAAAAAUAUUGUUUUGAUUUGUGUUUACUAUCCAAUCUUCCCAAUGCUUAGACACAAGCUUAUAACUA